AUGUCGGCCAUGGAGAAUCUCGAAGAGCUAGUCAUUCAUUCUAUGAGCGACCACGAACUAUACCAAUGGGAGUGGGAUUAUAGUGGUUACGAUCACGCUCUGGAUCCGGUAUCCAAAACACUUCAAGUUCUGGUCUUGAUUAAAGAACACGGGCAACCGUGCGAGCGCCCCCUACAGUUGAAGAACAUGGAGGCUCUCAAAUACGUAUCUGCCGACCUUGACAUGUGGUUUGGCUAUGACUUCGUAACGUAUACUACCUCACGCGAGACUGUUCUCCAAAACAUGAUCCCACCAAACCUAAAAACCAUGAGGAUUGGUGGUUGGAAAGGUGGAUCCGAUGCAAUGCGCCUGAACCGCCGCUACAGUGAGGACGAAAUCAAGGCGUACACUUUGAAGACCAUGAUGUACAGCGUGGCGAAAUUCGCCACCGCACUGCAACACAUCGAGUUCGAGCAAGAUUGGCACAUUGGUACAGACAACAUCGUCGACCUACCAGACGUCUUUCGCAAAUUCGGUUCUUGUUAUGAGGAUCAUGGAAUUUCUGUUUCAAUGACCGAAUGGGACCGCCUUUCGAGUCGAUUUUUACCUGUCGGACCUGCCUCGCUUCCGGUUUCCGAGGAUACCUGCCCCCUUUGA